AUGGCAUCAUCUCCAAAUCCUACUUAUCAGAACUUCAUUGUAGUAGAUUUCCACUACAAUGGUCAGUUUGCCCCCAAUCCCUUAGUUUACUUUGAUCCCGACAGAGCAUCAGUGCGAGAUCUUGACUUCAGUGGGUUUGGUGAAAGUGAAAACAAAGACUUAGAUGAAGAUGAGGAUUCAGUUAUUCAAGAUUCAUAUUUUGUUGAUCAUGAAGAAGAUGAUGCUACCUAUCCAUUUCCAGCAAACAAAACUGCACAUGAUAGAUUUUUAAACAUCCUUUGUGAACCUAUAGAGAGUGAAGAUCAAGAUGAUGAAUACGUGCCACCCCAAUACCCUGUGUAUGAUGAGAGACAGCCAUGGGAUCAGAUGAAACCAACUAUAGCUAUGUGA